AUGAGACAGGGGGGUUUGACCUCGCCCAAGCUUUUCAACUUAUACAUUAACAAGCUGAUCGAGAGACUCAGCAGCACCUACAUAGGAUGUCAUGUAGGUGAGACGUGCAUUAAUAACAUCAGCUACGCCGACGACAUGGUGCUGCUGAGUCCAUCGAUCGGUGCCGCCUUGAAGAAGCUUCUGCACAUAUUUGCUCGCUGUAGCAAACAAGCCAAACUAACACUUUUUAAAGCAUACUGUCAGUCGUUCUACACGUGCGGCCUGUGGGUCGACUUUACGCAGCGGGCAUAUGGCGCACUGCGCGUUCAGUACAAUAACGCGUUCAGGAUGUUGUUCGGUGUGCCGCGUUUCUGCAGCGCAUCAUCUAUGUUCGCUGAGGCGCCCACCGAUUGCUUCUACACAAUCAUCAGAAAGCGGUGCGCGUCGCUGCGGGCGCGAGUACGCGGCGCGGCGAACACCGUCCUGAGCGUGUUGGCUGACCGAUGGGACUCACCAUUGUUUUGCCGCUGGAUAUAG